AUGGAACGAGUAGCGGGCUGUUCGCAAAGUGAGGUAGUGCUAGUUAAGAAUGCCUUGAAAAAUUGGCAUAUAAAGGAGCUUUUAAAGCUUCAGAUCGAACUUACUCAAGAGAUUGAGGAGCGCGUUGGAAUAUUAUUGAACGACCAAACCUCUGUGAAUGACAUCAAGAGUGAUGUUGGAGUGUCGCAUCUCAAAAGGGAAAGAGACUCUAGCCAAGAAUUGCCCGUAGAAUGUGGAGUCAAGGAUGAAAGUCUGGGAGCCCUUUUGGAAGACAAAGUUGAUGAGAAUAACGAGUUACCGUUAACCCAGAUUGAGAAGAAACAAAAGCUUCAAAACGCCGAGCAAAGUUUUGAUCCCAAAUCAAGCCAGCCUGCGUUUUUUGAUGAGUUUCUGAUUCCAGGAACGCUGGAUAUGCAGAGCAAGGAGAUCGAUUUCAGUUCACCGUUGAAAGUGGUCGGUCUCAAUGACGCGAGACUCCAAAAGUCAAGCCCCAUCAAGCGAAAACUAGCGGUGAUUAGCGAUUCAGAAGGAGAUCUGGACUGGUCUGAUACGGAGGAACGGAAAUCUUCUAACGCGGAAACACCUACUACGAGAAUCGACGAAAGAACUUCAAAUACGGUGAAGCUCGAUCUGAAUGAAAAUCCAUUUACCAAAAAGCCUUGGAUAUAUGAAGACUUCAAAUUGAACGAAAUCGCCAACAAUGCCCACAAAGGCCGCCUUAAUGUUGUGUCCUCAAAACUGUCUAAAUUUCACUCAGCUGCAGGUAAACCACCGCAGAAACAAAAGCUUGUUUUGCAUCCGGAUAGGGGAUUCGAAUUUGUCACUGAAGAUGACUCAGAAAAUGAGGUGGUAACAAAUGAUGAUCAGGACGAUCAAUUUGCAAAUUUGAGACAACGUUCUAAAUCCCCCCCUGGCUUUGGCCGUUUAGACUUUCCUAACACUCAAGAAAAUAUGGCCGAUAUGACAAAAUCGCGUGAAAUACUCUAUAACAAAACUAGACACAGAUUUCUAACCGCAACGAGAUCUGAUCUGCCUCCUAGUAAACGGCAAUUUCUUUUUAGAAAUAUUGUGCUCAAUAAUGUGGUCAACGAAGGUAAUUUCGAGUGGGAUCCCAGCCAUCUACAAAUAUUUUCUCGCGCAAGGAUACGAAAUUGA